AUGCUGCCGUUAUUCCUGGUCCUCUCAUGCCUAGGCCAAUUGAUCGCCGUAGGCAAGGACAUAGAAACACCACUUAUCCAGAUCACAGUGCCAGAGAAAAUCGAGACCAACAUCAAGGAUGCCAAGGAAUCAGAAACACAAGUCACUUAUGUGAUCAGAAUUGAGGGCAAAGCAUACACACUCCAACUUGAAAAACAGUCAUUUUUACAUCCACAUUUUGUGACAAAUUUGCAUAACAAGUUGGGAACAUUGCAACCAUAUUUUUCUUUAGUAAAGAGUCACUGCUUUUAUCAAGGACAUGCUGUCGAGAUUCCAGCAUCGACCGUGACACUCAGCACUUGCUCAGGUCUCAGGGGCUUGCUGCAGUUGGAGAACGUGACUUACGGAAUUGAACCCUUAGAGUCUUCAACUACACUCGAACACAUACUUUAUGAAAUACAGAAUCAUAAAAUUGAUUAUUUUCCCUUAAAAGAAAACUACACGAAUUCCCAGGAUGAAAGUGGGUCCUACCGAAUUCUGGUAAAACCAUUGAAAAGUUCAAACUCGAAACUAAGGAAGAGAAUUCUGACCGUAAAGAUCAUCAUGGAUAAAGGCAUGUUUGACCACGUGGGCUCCGAGGUGGGAGUCGCGACUCAGAAAGUUGUUCAGAUGUUUGGUCUCAUUAACACUAUGUUUUCCCAGCUGAAGAUAACUGUGAUGUUAAACUCUCUGGAGAUCUGGUCAGAAGAAAACAAGAUAGAAACAAACGGGGAUGCUGAUGAAGUCCUGCAAAGGUUUCUGCUGUGGACACACAAGGAAAUGCCUCAAACAACCAAGGAAAUAACCUACUUACUCCUGUAUAAGGACUAUCCUGAUUAUGUGGGAGCGACAUAUCAUGGGAUGGCCUGCAACCCAAAGUUCACAGCAGGAAUCGCUCUGCACCCAAAGACGUUAGGUGUGGAGGGCUUUGCCAUUGUUCUGUCACAGUUGCUGGGAAUUAACCUGGGGCUGACAUACGAUGACGUCUACAAUUGCUUCUGUCGAGGAAGCACAUGCAUAAUGAAUCCUUCAGCAAUACAUUCCGAAGGCAUAAAGGUGUUUAGCAGUUGCAGCAUGGAUGAAUUCAAGCAGCUGGCUUCACAGCCCGACCUAGAUUGCCUUCUGAAGACACAGGAGACAGAAGUUGUUGCCCUGCCCCAGGCUGCAAAAGUUUGUGGUAACUACAUCCUGGAGCCCCCAGAGCAGUGUGACUGUGGCCCAGCAGAGAAAUGUUCUCAUAAAAGGUGCUGCAAGUCUGAGGACUGUACCCUGCUUAGUGAUGCAGAGUGUGGUUCUGGGGCGUGCUGUGAUAAAAGGACAUGCAAGAUAGCUGAAAGAGGACGCCUAUGUAGGAAAAGUACGGACCAGUGCGACUUCCCAGAGUUCUGCAAUGGGACAUCUGAAUUCUGCGUACGUGAUAUAAAAGCUGCAGACCUGGAACCUUGCAACAAUGAAACCGCCUAUUGCUUCAGAGGGGUUUGCCAAGACCGAGACAGGCAGUGCACAGACUUAUUUGGAAAAUAUGCUAAGGGUCCUAAUUAUGUGUGUGCACAAGAAGUGAAUCUGCAGAAUGACAAAUUUGGAAACUGUCAUGGGCGCUGUAAUUAUAGUGCUCUAUUUUGUGGAAAAGCAGUUUGUUACUGGAGCUUUGCAGAACUCGUGAAAACAGACAUAUUUGAUGUUCAAUAUACUUACUUGGGAGGCCAAGUGUGUGUGUCCGCACAUUUAAGAGUAAGGAAUGAUCAGACCAAGGAUGACACAUAUAUCCGUGAUGGCACUAUUUGUGGUAAUGGCCAGGUGUGUUACCGAGGGCAGUGCUUGCGUGUGCACGUCCUGAGGGGGGUUAGGGAGUGUGAGGCUGAAGACAAAUGCCAAGGACAUGGGAUUUGCAACAACCAAAACAACUGUCAGUGUGAAGCUGGUUUUGCCCCUCCGGAAUGUGACAUGACACCUUCAUCUCCAGGAGGGAGCAUGGACGACGGAUUUUGGCUGCCCUUAGGUGUUGCCCAGGAGUGGUCUCAGGGAUCCAUAUCAGAAGAAAUUAACGACAGCAAGCAGUCAUAG